UGUUUUUACUUCGUCAAUCAAAACACGUGUGUAGCGUGUUUUAAUUUUAUUUAUUUGACGAUUUAGUGUUUGAUUAAAAAAAUCAGCAACAUGCCGAAGGUGCGCAGCACACCGGGCAAGCCCCGCACCCAGGGGUUCAAUCACUCCAACCACUCAAUGAAUCCAGAGCGACCAACGAGUGGUCUAAAGGGUGUCGCACAUCCCAGAACUAAGGGAACCAUCAAGCGACUCCAGAUGUACCGCAAUUUCAAGGCCAAACGUGAUCGUACUGGCAAGAUUCUGACACCAGCGCCCUUUCAGGGACGCCUUCCAGCCGGUACCAUGGCCCGUGUGGAGCCCACACCGAAGUGGUUCAGCAAUUCCCGGGUCAUCUCGCAAACGGCUCUGCAAAAGUUUCAAGAUGAGAUAGGCAAAGCUGUGAAAGACCCCUAUCAGGUCAUAAUGAAGCCUUCCCAAUUACCUGUGACCUUGCUCAAUGAAGCCGCCAAACACCAGCGUGUCCAUCUGCUAGAAACCGAGAGCUUUGAUAGUGUGUUCGGACCAAAGAAACAGCGUAAACGAGUUAAUCUGAAGGUGCGAGAUCUCGAGGACUUAAGUCGUACAGCCGAUGAGCAGGCAGAGCAGUAUGAUUCCAACAAAGAUGUUGAUCUGAUACGCGAGGAUACGGGUGAAAAAAAAGCUGUGCGAGAUUGGGUAUUCGGUGCCGGGCAGAGCAAACGUAUCUGGAAUGAGCUGCACAAGGUGGUUGAUGCAUCUGAUGUUCUUCUGCAAGUGUUGGAUGCACGCGACCCCAUGGGAACACGAUCCAAAUACAUUGAAGAGUUUUUGCGGAAGGAGAAGCCGCACAAGCAUCUUUUCUUUAUCCUAAACAAAGUGGAUUUGGUACCUGUCUGGGUCACGCAGCGCUGGGUAGCUAUUCUAAGCGCCGAGUAUCCUACCAUAGCCUUUCAUGCAUCCCUACAACAUCCCUUUGGAAAGGGUGCCUUGAUUAACCUGUUCCGCCAAUUGGGUAAAUUGCAUUUGGAUAAGAAACAGAUUAGUGUGGGCUUUAUCGGUUAUCCCAACGUGGGCAAAUCGUCCGUAAUCAAUGCGUUACGUUCCAAGAAGGUCUGCAAUGUGGCUCCCAUUGCUGGUGAGACCAAGGUGUGGCAAUAUAUAACAUUAAUGAAGCGCAUUUUCCUCAUUGACUGUCCCGGUGUAGUAUAUCCCUCGGCGGAAACAGACACGGAAAAGGUGCUUAAAGGUGUGGUUCGUGUGGAAUUGGUUACCAAUCCCGAGGAUUAUGUCGAUGUAGUGCUGAAGCGGGUUCGCACGGAAUAUAUCGCGAAAAACUAUAAAAUUGAUAGUUGGACUUCAUCGAACCAUUUCUUGGAGCAGUUGGCCAAGAAGUCGGGCAAAUUGUUAAAAGGUGGAGAACCAGAUAUCACAGUUACUGCGCGCAUGGUACUCAAUGAUUGGCAAAGAGGAAAACUCCCGUUUUAUGUGCCACCCGAAGGUUUUGCCACGCCCAAAUCCCAUCAAGAGUCUGCUAACAUCGAGCAGAUUGAGAAGGAGCAAGAAGAUGUUGAUGCGGAUGCCAAGUCCGAAGCACCCACCGUUGUGAGUGAGUCUGUAAAGAAGGCCCGCGAGUUUAAGCAGAUUCAGGACUUCCGUAAGAUUCGCGUAGGCUUGGAAUAUGAGCAGCAAGACGUUCGUGAGCUGGACCACAUUGAUUUGGAACUUUUGGAACAACAAAAGGCUGAGCGGGCAGCUCGCAAGAAAGCCCGAAUGCUUAAUCCUGAGGGCGAGGGCGACGAAGAUUCCUCUGACGGUGCUGAUGACUUUUACUCGGAGGACGAAUACAAUGAAGAUCUGCAGCGAGUAGUUCAUAAGAAGGCUAAAGUGAAGAAGACACAAAAGCUGGCUAUCACUUCAUCUGGCAAAUUCCGCGUUUCCAAAGUGCAGCCUGGCGAUUCAGAUGCAGAAGUUGAUUCCUCUGGCGAUGAAGCUGGACCAAGCAGUGCCAAGGCCAUGCGUCUUACUGCGAAACAAAAGCGUGCUUUGGAACGCAAUCAAAAACGGAAGAAGAUCGGCAGCAAUUUCUAUGAAAUGACGAAUGUGAAGAAUCGUAAUCGCAACAAGAAGAGGGACACCUAAUUAAGACGAUAGUAAACUUUAGCUUUAUAUAAUCCGAAUGAACUACACGAUAAUUAAACUGUAGGACAGAAAAAAA